AUGCUAAAACCUACCACCACCACCACCACCACCACCACCACCAAGGAAAUGAACCCAGAUCAGCCAAGAAUUGAUGCAAUGUUACAGUCAACUUUGCCGCCCAACUCUGAAAAGGUAAAGAGAAUAACAAAAGCUGUGGCAGCUUUCAUAGCGAAGGACCUGCUCCCUUACUCUGUUGUGGAAAACAGUGGGUUUCGCUACCUUUUGAAGACGAUAGAGCCGCGUUACAAGAUCCCGUCACGAAGUCACUUUACAGAAAACGUCAUACCUGCACUCUACCACGAAACCAAAGCUAAGAUAAUUGCAUCAAUGAGCCAAGCAAGUCGAGUCGCAAUAACGUGUGAUUCCUGGACUUCAGUCACGACAGAGUCUUAUGUUACAAUAACAGCACAUUACGUUAGUAAGGACUGGCAGAUUUUGUCGCAUGUACUGCAUACGAGAGCCAUUUAUGAGUCUCACACGGGUGCUCAUCUGGCAGAGCUACUUUCUCAUGUUGUGGAAGAAUGGCAGCUGUCCGAUAAAUCUGUAGUGCUUGUGACCGACAACGCGUCAAACAUGAUAGUUGCAGCUCAAGUUGGAAAAUUCCCCCAUGUGAAAUGCUUCGCCCAUACACUGAAUCUUGCAUCCCAGCGAGCGUUGAAACAAGUGGCCACUCUCUCUAGGCUUCUUGGCAGAGUACGUCGGAUAUCCACAUUCUUUCACCGCAGCACUAGAGCAAGCCACUGUCUAAAAGAGAAACAGAAAUGUCUUGGCCUGAAGAAUCAUAAGCUGAUAACUGAUGUGGCAACAAGAUGGAACAGUGCAUACGACAUGGUCGAGAGGUUCUUGGAACAACAACCUGCAGUCUGUGCCACCUUGCUGUCUCCAGAAGUCAGAAGAGGAGAGUCCGAUCUCUGCACUCUAAACGAAACAGAUGUGUCAAAUGCAGAGGACGCCGUGAGUGCAUUAAAGCCAAUGAAGGAUGCAACCAUGCUGAUGUCAGAAGAGCGCAAUCCAACAGUUUCUCUCAUUGCCCCUAUAAAUGCACAACUUCUCCAGAGCAUGACAGACACGAUGGGAGACACACCCAUGAUCCAUGAGAUCAAGAAUUCUAUUAGAACAGAUCUCCAGAAGAGGUACAGCAGGACUGCCUUUCACCUCACAGAUGAAGAAAGAUUGGAGAUAUUUAAAGGAGUCACUGAGGAAGCUGCAUCCUUGGAGAUUACAUCAGAUGAGAGUGAGAGGACACAAGAGGAUCAUCAAGUGCCUAGAAGAAAACAAACUCUGGAAGAAGAGGACAGUUCACCCAUCGAAGACAACCAUUCUGAAUCUCCACCAUCUCCUCCCAAAAAGGCCAGAUCGCUGCUCGUGAGUUUGCUGGGACAGUCUUUCACUGACACUGAAGGUACAAUAGAACCCAAAAAGACCCCCUAUGCCAAGGCUGAAGAGGAAAUGGAAAACUAUUGUAAAGCCCCACCUCUGCCUCUCACUGAGGACCCUUUGAACUGGUGGCGUGAGCAUGAGGUCAUAUUUCCCCUCCUUUCUCGGCUGUCAAAGCAAUACUUGUGUAUCCCAGGUACAAGCGUGUCUGCAGAGCGGGUUUUCUCCACUGCAGGAGAUGUGGUAACUGCAAAAAGAAGCGCCCUCAAACCAGACCAUGUAGAUCAAUUGGUGUUCUUACAGAAAAAUCUACAUGUUCCCAAAUGCUGAGCAGUGUUUUUAAUUUUAUAGAUUUUGUUUAUAGCAUUGUCUCUGCCACUGAAA